GGGCUAGGGACUCAGUCUGGGGCUGGUGAGGGGGGGCCUGGGGAAGAGGCCUAGGACCUCUCUCGGCAGGUGUUUGUCCUGCUGGCGUAAUAAGGCCUUCAGGUUGUCUGGGUGACCGAGGAGAAGGUGGGGAAGCCAGGCAGGAGCAGAUAACAUGCUUGAGGCAAAGCGGAAGUAUGAGGAAGAGGCCCAAGCAGGUGCCCAUGGAGACAAACAGCUGGGCCUGCCCUGGAAUCACUGCUUCCUCCCCCCUUGAGAGCCUUCUGUCCCCCAGGUCAAUGUCUUGGCCAUGCUUCCUGCAGAGGUGCCCCCACCCUACCUGGGCCCCUCAGCGCUGCUCCUGCUGCAGCUGUUGCUAUCUCCCACAUCCGCCUUCUUCCCCAAUUUCUGGAGCCUCCUGGCUGCCCCUGGCUCCAUCACCCACCAGGACCUGACGGAGGAGGCGGCACUCAAUGUCACUCUGCAGCUCUUCCUGGAGCAGCCGCCCCCUGGCCGGCCGCCUCUUCAUCUGGAGGACUUCCUGGGCCGCACCCUUCUUGCUGACGACCUCUUUGCCGCCUACUUUGGGUCUGGAUUUCCUUCCCGGCGGUUCCGUGCAGCCUUAGGGGAGGUGUCUCGUGCCAAUGCAGCCCAGGACUUCCUGCUGACUUCCAAGAAUGACCCUGACCUGCACUUUGAUGCUGAACGGCUGGGCCAGGGGCGCGCACGCCUGGUGACAGCUCUAAGGGAGACUGUGGUGGCGGCCAGAGCUCUUGACCACACCCUGUCCCGCCAGCGCCUUGGUGCUGCCCUUCAUGCCUUGCAGGAUUUCUACAGCCACAGCAACUGGGUGGAACUGGAGAAGGAGCAGCCACACCCUCACCUCUUGUGGCCAAGGCAGGAGCUUGGGAGCCUGGCACAAGAAAGCGACCAUACCUGCUCUGAUUGCGAGCAGCUAAGCUGCCUUGGGAAUUUGCUGGACUUCCGGCUUCUCACCUCUGGCUACUUUGGAACACAUCCCCCAAAACCUCCAGGGAAAUGUAGCCAUGGAGGCCAUUUUGACCAGAGCAGCUCCCAGCCACCCCGGGGAGGCAUCAACAAGGAUAGCACAUCCCCAGGCUUCUCUCCCCACCACAAGCUGCACUCCCAGGCUGCAAAACUGGCCCUUCUAGCCUCCAUCCAGGCCUUCAGCCUCCUUCGAAGCCGCCUGGGAGACAGGGGUUUCUCCAGGCUGCUAGACAUCACCCCAGCCUCCAGUCUGAGCUUUGUCCUGGACACCACAGGCAGUAUGGGUGAGGAGAUCAAUGCUGCCAAAAUCCAGGCUCGCCACAUUGUGGAGCAGCGGCGGGGCAGCCCCAUGGAACCUGUCCACUAUGUCCUGGUGCCUUUCCAUGACCCAGGGUUUGGCCCUGUCUUUUCAACCAGUGACCCAGAUAGCUUCUGGCAACAACUCAAUGAGAUCCAUGCCUUGGGAGGUGGAGAUGAGCCUGAGAUGUGCCUAUCAGCCUUGGAGCUAGCCCUGUUGCACACACCUCCAUUCUCAGACAUCUUUGUCUUCACUGACGCCUCCCCCAAGGAUGCCUUUCUCACCAACCGGGUGGAAUCUCUGACUCAGGAGCGACACUGCAGAGUGACAUUCCUAGUGACUGAAGACCCAUCAAGGGUUCAGAUUCGGGCCCGGCGUGAGGUCUUGUCCCCUCUGCGUUUUGAGCCAUACGAGGCAGUAGCCCUAGCCUCAGGAGGAGAAGUGAUCUUCACCAAAGACCAGCACAUUCAGGAUGUGGCAGCCAUAGUUGGGGAAAGCAUGGCUGACCUGGUGACCCUUCCCCUGGAGCCCCCUGUCGUGGUGUCUGGGAGGCCAUUUACAUUCAGUGUGGAUGAGCUGCUACAGAGGAUUACAGUCCGAAUUCACGGGGAGAUCAGCAGCUUCUGGAUCAUAAAUCCUGCGGGUACCUUCAUGAUUGUGUCUCAAGGGAAGGAGAAGAAUGGAGACUGGAGAAUGAGGGAAAUGGGAGAGGGGACUUCAGUUCUGGGACUUGGAGGGAAGAGACAAAAGGAAUUGCCUCAUGUGGCAAUCUCUUGUCCCCUCUCCCCAGGGGUCUUCCAGGGCCAGGAGGAAGGUGAGGGUCCUUUAGGUCACACCCGACGUUUUGGGCAGUUCUGGAUGGUGACCAUGAAUGACCCUCUACAGACAGGGACCUGGGAGAUCCAGGUCACAGCUGAGGGCACCCCCAGGGUGAGAGUGCAAGCCCAGACCUCCCUGGACUUCCUCUUUCACUUUGGGAUCCCAGUGGAGGAUGGGCCCCACCCUGGCCUCUACCCCCUGCCUCAGCCAGUUGCAGGUCUCCAGACCCUGCUGCUGGUAGAGGUGACAGGGCCCGGCUCCAGAGGCAACUCUGGGGAUCAUAAGCCCCAUUUCUCCCACGUUGUCCUUCGAGGGGUCCCGGAGGGCGCCGAGCUAGGCUGGGUGCCCUUGGAGCCCACGGGACCCCGGGAACGAGGUCUUCUCGCCGCCUCGCUGCCGCCCACCUUGUUGUCCACACCGGGACCCUUCUCUAUGGAAUUGAUUGGCCAGGACGGAGGGGGGCGGGGCCUGCACAGGGCGGCCCGCCAACCCUGCACUGUGGUCCCUGUGCUUCUAGAGGUGAGACGCCAGGAAAGGAUGCUGCUGGGGCUGGAGCGAGCUGGGCUGGAUCAUCCUCUGACCAGCUCAUCUCCGCAGCUCAGUGGCCCACCUGGCUUCCUGGCCCCGGGCAGAAAAGCCCUUCUCAGCCUCCAUAUCACCAGUUUCUUGGGCCCUCAGGAUCUCGACCUUAGGACAUCGGUCAACCCCAGCUUUGCCCUCACCUCUAACCUCUCCAGGGUUCGUCUGGGGCGGAAUGAGUCCGCCUGGGGACGCCUGUGGCUGGAGGUCCCAGACUCAGCCUCCCCGGACUCCGUGGUGUUGGUGACAGUGACUGCGGUGGGUCGAGAAGCCAACUCAGUGCCCCCGACCCAUGCCUUCCUUCGGCUACUUGUGCUGGCCCCGGCCCCGCAGGACAAGCUCGCUGCUUCCGCUCACUCAACCGGCCCUGCCCUCACCACUGCCCGCCCUGCCGUUCGCCUCUCCACUUUGGUGACUCCGGGCAGGGCUGGGGGAGGGAUGGUGGGCAACCCCUGGUGGGGCACAGUUGGAGGGAUGCUGCUUCUGCUUAGCCUGGUCUCCUGGUAACACAAUCCUCCUUAGAGGGGUGGGUCUCCAGGGCUGUUUUCACUCAGCCCCACCAAGAGAAGGGAUUAUGGGCCUCAGGGCCCCACCUCUCUAAGCUGGGAUGGGGGUUCUCCUCAUGCACUUUAUUGCUUCUUUCUUAAAAAACCAUCAGUUUGGGAUAGAAGGCAAUGGAUUUUCCCACAAUGCACUUUCCCUUCCAACCCUGUGGGAACCAAACCAAAGACUUAUUUUUAGAGAGAGUUGCUUUCUGUUUCUCUGCAGCAUCUUCAUUCUACUAUGUACUCAUUCUUGCCCAGGCUCAGGUAGAGGGGAAGGUAUGUGGGAGGAGACUAAGGAUAGGAGUAGGGUAGGAGGUACCAGGAAGUGUUAUUUAUAAAUUUUUUUUUAAUUUGAAACUCCAAAGCAGCUUCUAUUUUAUUUUUGUACUUAAAGCUGAAGGACAGUUUCAAUGAACAUGUCUUCUCCCCAGAGAGAUUUCAAAGAGAGAUCAUUUUUGCACAUCAUAUAGGGGAGAGUGAGGGCAUGAGACACCAAAAAGAUGAAAUGGAAGUUUUCAGGAGCAGAAGAGAAACUACACCAAGAUGUCUGAACUUCAGAUGACCUACCAGCUAACCCAUUUAGCUGUUGGGUUAAGAAGGAGAAUAAGCAGGCUGAGGGUUCUGACUCGACCUCCUCCCUCACCAGACUGAGGGGAGUGGGAGGAGGCCUUAGACAAGGGUAGGGCCCUUCCACCCCUUGGGCUUAGCCAUCUCCUCCUUUGGCUGGAUGACUCCUUUCUGCUGUCUUGAGAACUCCUGGAGAAGAGGAGAC